AUGUCGAUAGAGCUAGGUCUAGGCCGAAUCACGCAGCUUUUGGUGCAUUUGGGUAACCCACACCACAGCUUAAAGGUUCUUCAUGUUGCUGGUACCAAUGGGAAAGGAUCUGUAUGUUCUUAUUUGAGCUCAAUUCUGCAACAAUUAAACCACCAAAAAGAUGUUACAAGGACCAGCGAGGCCGCAUUUAGAAUCGGGAAGUUUACCUCGCCGCAUCUAUGCCACGUUAGAGACAGUAUAACUGUAAAUUCGAAGCCCAUCUCGGCCCAAGAUUACGCUUCCAUUAGACAACACCUGAAAAAAGUGGACGAGCAACACGCCUUACAAUGCACUGAGUUCGAGAUCAUGACUGCUACUGCGUUGCAGUACUUCCAUCAAGUGCAAUGCUCAUGGUGUAUCCUUGAAGUGGGUCUUGGAGGCCGUCAGGAUGCGACUAACGUUGUGCCCGGUAGCAAUAAAGUAUGCGGCAUCACCAAGAUCGGACUUGACCACGAAGGGUUUUUGGGCAGCAAUUUGGAGUCAAUUGCGUGGCAGAAGGCUGGGAUAUUAGUCUCUGAGACGCCGUUCGUGGCUGUUGAUGGAACCAACGAUCCAAAGGUGCUCAAAGUGGUGCGGGAAGUUGCUCAGUCAGUGAAUGCGCAAUUGGAAACGACGAAUCAUGAUGUCUCUGUGAAGAAAGUGUCUACCAAGAGCUGGGGCACGCUCGAUCUAAACAAUAGACUGCCCUUGAAUGGUGAGUACCAGAUCAGUAAUGUCCAGGUGGCUUUGCUGAUGCUCGAUUACUUGCAACAACGGAACCAAAUCGACCUGUCGACGGAACAAGUUCUAGCGGGAAUUGGAAAGGCCGAGUGGCCAGGUAGACUCCAAUUCCUCAACUACAAGUACUCACAGGGGAAUAAGAGUGUUCCCGUGUUGUUUGAUGGGGCUCACAACGGGAGUGCUGCUCAGGAGUUAGCGAAGUAUCUGGACUCGACGUUUAGAUUUAGUCCCGAUGAGCCCUUGACGUUUGUUAUAGCCAUCACCAAGGGGAAAACGCUUGAUCCGUUACUAGCUCCACUUAUUAAACCUCAGGACCGCGUUAUAUGCACGCGGUUUGGUGCUGUAGAAGGAAUGCCAUGGAUCUCUGCGAUGGAUACGCAUGAACUGGCAAGCGAGAUCAAGAAGUAUACCGAUAAUGUAAGCAUAGACGAGGAUCUGCAUGGUAUCCUGGGCAAACUUGCACAAUCCGGGCCCGAGACCAAGAUAUGUGUGUGUGGUUCGCUAUACUUGGUGGGCCAAUUGCUCGAGGUUCAUUACGCAAAUAGUGUUUAA